AUGAUGAGAAAGGGGACAUCACUACUAUCAUUGAUUUCUGUCCUCCCCCCACCCCUCCGUCCGUCCGUCCGUCCGUCCCUGUCCCCGUCCGGCGCGAUCAGGCGAAGACGACCGAAGCAACUGAGGAAUGACAUGUCAAUCACCCUGGUCAAUUCGGACAAUACAUUGAAAACUCCGCUGAUGAACCCGAAACUGUCCACAUUCUCGGAAACGAAUGGUAAAGUGGACGGAAGCCCGACAGGCUAUCAAACUCCCGGUAAGUGUGAACUGGCUGAAUGCAUGUCACAUGACUUGGAGAAUCACAACAAUUCGUUGUUUGGCUGA